AUGCCGGCGGCCAACACCCAGCCGCCGGUGAAGCUCUCUCUUCCCUUGCAAUUCCAACAAGAGAUCUAUCAUCUCCUGCGCUCAGAAGAUGCACUGGUGAUUCUCGCGCGAGGACUGGGGCUUCUCAAGAUCCUGACCAACUUGCUUCACUCUUAUGAUGCGGCAGGAAACUCUCUGGUCAUCAUUGUUGGCGCUGAAGAUCGCGAAAAUGAAUGGAUUGGCGAAGCUCUCGCCGAGCACUACGCCAUAUCCAGAAGUCCACUCGCCAAAGGUCUUCGUGUCAUCAAUACCGACAAAGCUACGGUGGCGGCACGCGAAAAGAUCUACGCGGAAGGCGGUAUUGUUUCAGUCACCAGUCGGAUUCUGAUUGUUGAUCUUCUCUCGAAACUACUGGAUCCGGAGACUGUGACAGGACUGAUUGUCUUGCAUGCCGAACGGGUGAUUGCAACCAGCAGUGAGGCAUUCAUCGUUAGGAUUUUCCGACAGCACAACAAAAUCGGUUUCUUGAAAGCAUUCAGCGAUGCACCUGAGCCUUUGACAUCAUCAUAUGCGCCGUUGGCGAGUAUGAUGCGGAACUUGUUCUUGCGAAAACCCUCGCUUUGGCCGCGAUUUCAUGUUUCGAUUGCACAGAGCCUUGAAGGGAAGAAGAAGGCCGAUGUCAUCGAGCUUGAAGUGCCCAUGACGGAAGCUAUGCAGACGAUUCAAACAGCAGUGAUGGAAUGUGUUGAGGCGAGUAUUGGAGAACUCAAGAAAGCCAACAGUGGCCUUGAGAUGGAUGAUUGGACGCUCGAUUCCGCGCUGCACCAGAACUUUGACGCUAUUGUUCGCCGGCAGUUGGAUCCAGUGUGGCAUCGCGUCAGUUAUAGGACCAAACAAAUAGCCAACGACCUCACUGUGCUCCGAUCGAUUCUACACUCACUCCUCAGUUACGACAGUGUUUCGCUCCUCAAAUACCUUGACACUGUCCUCGCCACUCAUUCCCCACCACCAGGAUCAACCCGACAGAACCAAUCCCCAUGGCUAUUUCUAGACGCGGCCUCAACCAUCUUCGCAACAGCCAAGGAUCGGGUAUACAGCGGAAAAGCCGAAGACGGCGGACCACUACCUACCUCGAAACUCCCCGACUCGCUCACACCCGUGCUAGAAGAACAGCCGAAAUGGGCCAUCCUUGCGGAGAUCCUCGAAGAAAUCGAACUGGACUCGUACCUCAACCCGACGGUACGAGACGACUCGACCGACGCGGUGCUGAUCAUGUGUAACGACCAGGGCACAUGUCGCCAGGUCCGGGAGUAUCUGCAGACGAUGCACGUCAAGCCUCUGACACAGGACAGUAACAACGGACUAGCGCCGCACGAGGUUGAAGCGGAGGAAGAGCGAGGGUCCGCGGAAUUCAUGAUGCGGCGGAAACUGCGCGAGUACCUCGGCUGGAGGCGGACGUUCUCGCAAGUGAGCGCGUCGUUGUUCGAAGAGAAUCAGAAAUCUCUUAGCGAGAUCAAAAACCACGCGGGCAGCACGGCCGGCGCCCGGCUGAGCAGCAAAGCACCGGCCAACAAACGACGGCGGGUCCGCGGUGGGGGAACGACAGGGAUCAAUCCCUCGCGCACAGCCAACGGCGCGGUCGCGAUGGUCGAGGAUCGUGCAGACGUGGUGGCCGACCUUCUGGCGGAGCUGCGACCGACGGAGAACGAGCGAUCACAACGAGAAGAGAUCGUGGUGGACGACCUGAAAGACGCGAGCGACGACUAUUUCGAGCUGUACAACCCGGAUGACCAGAUUGUGGUGCAUGCGUACGACGGCGACCAGGACGACCAGCUGCUCGAGGAAGUGCGUCCGAAGCAUAUCAUCAUGUAUUCGCCGGCGCCGGACUUCAUCCGUCGCGUCGAGGUGUAUCGGUCUAGUCAUACGGAGCGGAGCGUGAGGGCUUAUUUCAUGUACUACGGGGGCAGUGUCGAGGAGCAGCGGUAUCUGUCUGCGGUGCGGAGGGAGAAAGAUGCAUUUACGAAACUCAUCCGUGAGCGCGGCAGCAUGGCCGUUACACUGACGGACGCUGGGAACAUUGAUCCGCAGGAAGCAUUUCUCCGCACGGUCAACACUCGCAUCGCAGGUGGUGGUCGACUGGCAGCGACGGCGGCACCACCAACAGUCGUGGUGGACGUGCGGGAGUUUCGCUCGGCGCUUCCCAGUCUGCUGCACGGCCGCAACAUGGCGGUCGUGCCGUGUCAACUGACGGUGGGCGACUACGUGCUCUCGCCGACGAUCUGUGUGGAGCGGAAGUCGGUGGGGGAUUUGAUCUCGUCAUUCAAGAACGGGCGGCUGUUCAACCAGGCCGAAACGAUGCUGCAGCACUACCAGUACCCGUUCCUGCUGAUUGAAUUCGACCACAACAAGUCCUUCACGCUCGAUCCGUUCGCGGACCUGACGUCUCUGUCGACGCUGAAGAUGCCGGGCGCGGACAACAAAGACCUGCAGUCCAAGAUCGUGUUGUUGACGCUGGCGUUCCCGCGCCUCAAGGUCAUCUGGUCGAGUUCGCCGUACCAGACGGCCGAGAUCUUCGAGGAGCUGAAGAAACAGCAGGAGGAGCCGGAUCCGAUGCGUGCGGUGCAGGUGGGGCUGGGGGACGAUGAGGACCCCGAGGAGAAGACGUUCAAUACCGGCCCACAGGACAUGUUGCGGACGAUCCCUGGCGUGUCGAAUAAGAAUGCCAGUCGGCUGUAUUUGGAACGGAGGAAUAUUAUGGAUGUGGCGAAUAUGAGCCUGGAGGAGUUGGAUCCUCUGGUGGGAAGGGAGGCGGGCCGCCAGAUUGUGCGGUUUUUCACGAGGAGUGUUUUUGAUGACGAGGAUCAGUGA